GGCAUCAAUGGGGUUGGGGGCAUCAAUGGGGCUGGGGACAUUGAUGCGGAUUUGGGGUCCCAUCUAUGGUUUGGGGUCCCAUCUAUGGGGUCAGGGUCCCACUUAUGGGGUUUGGGGUCCCAUCUAUGGGGUCAGGGUCCCAUCUAUGGGGUUUGGGGUCCCACCUAUGGUUUGGGGUCCCAUUUAUGGGGUCAGGCUCCCACUUAUGGGGUCAGGGUCCCACUUAUAGGGUUUGGGAUCCCAUCUAUGGGGUCAGGGUCCCAUUUAUAGGAUCAGGGUCCCAGUGAUGGGGUUUGGGGUCCCAUUUCUGGUCUGGGGUCCCAUCUAUGGGGUUUCGGGUCCCAUCUAUGGGGUCAGGGUCCCACUUAUAGGAUCAGGGUCCCAUCUAUGGGGUCAGGCUCCCACUUAUGGGGUUUGGGGUCCCAUCUAUGGGGUCAGGCUCCCACUUAUGGGGUUUGGGGUCCCAUUUAUAGGAUCAGGGUCGCACUUACGGGGUCUGGGGUCCCAUCUAUGGUCUGGGGUCCCAGUUAUGGGGUCAGGGUCCCAUCUACAAGGUUUGGGGUCCCAUCUAUGGGGUCAGGGUCCCAUCUAUGGGGUUUGGGGUCCCAUUUCUGGUCUGGGGUCCCAUCUAUGGGGUCAGGGUCCCACUUAUGGGGUCAGGGUCCCAUCUAUGGCGUCAGGGCCCCACUUAUGGGGUUUGGGGUCACAGUUAUAGGAUCAGGGUCCCAUCUAUGGUUUGGGGUCCCAUCUAUGGGGUCAGGGUCCCACUUAUGGGGUCUGGGGUCCCAUCUAUGGGCUCAGGGUCCCAUCUAUGGGGUUUGGGGUCCAUCUAUGGGGUCAGGGUCCCAUCUAUGGGGUCAGGUUCCCACUUAUGGGGUUUGGGGUCCCAUCUAUGGUUUGGGGUCCCAUCUAUAGGAUCAGGGUCCCACUUAUGGGGUUUGGGGUACAACUUAUGGGGUUUGGGGUCCAUCUAUGGGGUCAGGGUCCCAUCUAUGGGGUCAGGUUCCCACUUAUGGGGUUUGGGGUCCCAUCUAUGGUUUGGGGUCCCAUCUAUGGGGUCAGGGUCCCAUCUAUGGGGUCAAGGUCCCACUUAUGGGGCCAGGGUCCCAUGUAUGGGAUUUGGGGUCCCAUUUACAGGAUCAGGGUCCCAUCUAUGGGGUCAGGGUCCCAUCUAUGGGGUUUGGGGUCCCAUUUAUAGGAUCAGGGUCCUAUGUAUGGGGUUUAGAGUCCCAUUUCUUGUUUGGGGUCCCAUCUAUGGGGUCAGGCUCCCACUUAUGGGGUUUGGGGUCCCAUCUAUGGGGUCAGGGUCCCAUCUAUGGGGUUUGGGGUCCCAUUUCUGGUUUGGGGUCCCAUCUAUGGGGUUUGGGGUCCCAUUUAUGGGGUCAGGGUCCCAUCUAUGGGGUCAGGCUCCCACUUAUGGGGUUUGGGGUCCCACUUAUGGGGUCAGGCUCCUACUUAUGGGGUUUGGGGUCCCACUUAUGGGGUCAGGGUCCCAUUUAUAGGAUCAGGGUCCCAUCUAUGGGGUCAGGCUCCCACUUAUGGGGUUUGGGGUCCCACUUAUGGGGUCUGGGGUCCCAUUUAUAGGAUCAGGGUCCCAUCUAUGGGGUCAGGGUCCAUCUAUGGGGUCAGGGUCCCAUCAAUGUGGGGUCAGGCUCCCACUUAUGGGGUUUGGGGUCCCAUUUCUGGUCUGGGGUCCCAUCUAUAGGAUCAAGGUCCCAUCUAUGGGGUUUGGGGUCCCAUCUAUGGGGUCAGGGUCCCACUUAUGGGGUUUGGGGUCCCAUUUCUGGUUUGGGGUCCCACUUAUGGGGUUUGGGGUCCCAUCUAUGGUUUGGGGCCCCAGUUAUGGGGCCAGGGUCCCAUUGAUGGGGUUUGGGGUCCCAUUUCUGGUUUGGGGUCCCAUCUAUGGGGUUUGGGGUCCCAUUUCUUGUUUGGGGUCCCAUUUAUGGGGUCAGGGUCCCACUUAUGGGGUUUGGGGUCCCAUCUAUGGUCUGGGGUCCCACUAAUGGGGUCAGGGUCCCAUCUAUGGGGUCUGGGGUCCCAUUUAUGGGGUCUGGGGUCCCAUCUAUGGGGUCAGGGUCCCACUUAUGGGGUCAGGGUCCCACUUAUGGGGUUUGGGGUCCCAUCUAUGGGGUCAGGGUCCCAUCUAUGGGGUUUGGGGUCCCAUUUCUGGUUUGGGGUCCCAUCUAUGGGGUUUGGGGUCACAGUUAUAGGAUCAAGGUCCCACUUAUGGGGUUUGGGGUCCCAUCUAUGGGGUCAGGCUCCCACUUAUGGGGUCAAGCUCCCACUUAUGGGCUCUGGGGUCCCACUUAUGGGGUCUGGGCUCCCACUUAUGGGUCCAGCGCCCCCCACCGACCCAUCGC